AUGCGGAUGCCACGAAUAUUGUCCUGGCUCACCCCCCGAGGGGCUGGAAUCGCGUUCAUCGCGCUGUUUCUUCUUCAGAUUACCUAUCUGCUGUUUCCAUAUCGUCAGGAGCCUCUCCACAGCAGUUCGGGUGAUCGUCGCAGCACUUCUCAACAACUUGCCGAUCUCAGACAAGCAUACAACCCACACAAUGUCAACGCCAGCGUUAGCCUUGUUCUCGCAUCAAUUCAUACCGAUGACCUGACCUGGUUGCUGAAACACUGCAAGGAAUCCACCGAAAAAUCCGCCGAACAAGGACUGCUCGUCCCUCCUACACGUCGCGGGCGAGAGGUACCUGCCUACCUUUCCUACAUCGUGGACUUCUACGACCGUCUACCAGAUUAUUCCAUCUUCAUCCAUGCAUCCCCCGAGCAGUGGCACAAUGAUCUAUUCGGACCCAAGACUCGGGACACGCUGAAACAUCUCCGAUUGGAACCGAUCGACGUCUAUGGAUAUGUCAAUCUUCGCUGCAAACACGACCCCGGGUGUCCGACCGCCGUGUUCCCCCUUUCGCCAUCUCAAAUCGACAUUGACGCUCACGACAUUCGCGCGUACUUCUCGGAAGCAUAUCAGCAGAUCCUCGGCGUCCCCGCCGAACAAGUGCCCGAAGCGAUAGGAAAUGUGUGCUGUGGACAGUUUGCGGUGAGCCGCGAGCGGAUCCUGGCGCGACCCAAGGAGGACUAUGAGCGGAUACUGAACUGGGCGGCCACGACGAAGUUGACGGACGAUUUCGGCGUAGGUUGGGUACUUGAAAAGUUGUGGCAUAUUGUAUUCGGAAUGGAUGCAGUUUACUGCCCUCGUUAUGAGCAAUGCCGUUGCGACACCUAUGGGUGGUGCGGGCCACUACAAUCAGGAGAGAUGUUGCAGCCAGUCAUGAGAAGUGAUGUUUAA